AUGCGCUCGAUCGUAGUUGUGAUCGGUAUAAUCGGGCUCCUCGGCCCAGCGGCCCUAGCCGAGGAUCUGCUGAGCAAGUCGCUCAACGAGUGCAUCGGCGCGGACUCGUGGUCAUCGUGCCUGAAGCACGAGGUGCUCGGCUACCUGGACGAAAAGCUGGGCACCUCGACCGAGGCCAGAUCGCUGGAGAGCGUGGACGAGGCCCUGGUGGCGCGGACCUUCAAGUACCUCAAGAGCUUCGAGUACGGGCUGGACGUGCCCCUUAUCGAUGCAAGGCUCAAGUACCGGCCAGCCAGGAGCCUCUUGAACCUCGACGUCGAGUUCGGCAACGAUGAGGUGGCCACCGUCCAGGCCCGUGGUUUGCUCAAGAAAAAGAUCCUCCUGCCCUUCCUGCUGCUGCUCAAGCUCAAGCUCAAGGCCCUCAUGCCGAUCUUCGUGGCCAUGAUCGGCUUCAAGGCCUUGAAGGCCCUCGUGCUCUCCAAACUGGCCAUCCUGCUGGUCCUGGGAUUCAUCGCCGUGCAGUUCUUCAAAAAGGGAGGGAUGACUCCACCCAUGGGCAUGACGAUGGACCCGAGCCCCGUGUACGGGGCCCCACCGGUUUCGAGCACGACCUCGGGCUACGAGCCGGUCAACACGUGGGACGGCAAUGGGCCGUACUCGCGCGUCUGGACCCCCACCAGCGGCGCCGAGGCUCAGAAUCUCGCCUACAACUACUACUCGGGUGCUGGAACCUCGAACUCGUACGGCGCCCCCUCGGCCUCGUCCUCCUCCUCGAGCUCCGGUAGCUCGAACCUCGCUACGAACUACUAA